AUGAACUUGGAAAAAGAAUGUCGAGGGAAUUUGAUUACAACAUCACCAUCCUUAUCGGCUUCUUUGAAGCAACGAUCCCUUUAUAUUAAUAGGCAGAAUUCUGAUAAAUUAUCUUAUAAUGGAUGUCAUCGGAAUUCUGCCGGUUCUAACUCAAGUCAUGACAGUUCCUCUGGUUUCGAAAGCAUGAAGAGUGGUUCCUCGCAUGUUUGUUCAGUAAUUGGUAGUCAAGGCGCUAUUGCUAGUAAUUCUUCAUUUUUAAGAACUUCAUCCACUGUAUGUGGAUCGUCGUCGAAUCUGUUACUGGACAAUUCCCAAUCGCGUCUUUCGAUGCAGAGCAGCAGCAGUGGUGAUGCUUCUUUGAUCAUAAAUAAUAUGACGAAUGUGUUUGAUGAUUCAGGAGCUGAACAUAUCCGUGGAGAUAAUCUAGAGGAUAUUUCUAGAUUAUCGUUUUCUGACAUAAUACUUAAAGGAAUGCCGGAAGCAGAAAUUUUGGCACUAUGGCUGGGUAAUUUGGGAUACCCAGAAUAUUUAACAGCAUUCUUGACUCAAGGCUACGAUCUCUCGACGAUCGCUCGGAUAACACCUGAAGAUUUGACAGCUUUAGGAAUAACCCAUCCAAUUCAUCGAAAAUGUCUCAUUUCUGAAAUUCAUAGGUGGCGUAUAAGAGACAGUUGGCCAACACUGGUACCAUCAGGAGAGUUAAGAGAUUGGCUUCCAUUAAUUGGCCUUCCUGAAUAUAUUACCUUAUUCGAGAAUCAGGGAUACUGCAGAAUUAAUGAAAUUCAAAAUUUUAUGUGGGAAGACUUCGAAGAUAUUGGCAUCAAGAAGUUGGGGCAUUUGAAACGUCUUGGCCUUGCUAUCAAAAAAAUAAAGGAUCACGAAUCUGGUCGAAUUCAGUCGAGCAAUGGUCUUCAGCAACUUGUACAUCGUAACAAAAUAGAUGCUCAGGCAAUUUACGAUGGUUUACAUUCAUAUCUGACACCAUCACCUCCUGCUCCAUUAUCCACGUUUCACUCUAACAGUUUGGGCACCUCAUACGAUAAUUACUGUAGUAUCGAAAGACAACGUUCACACAUUCGUGAAGUCCUUUCUGCUGAAUCACAUGCACAAAAACAGGUAGUUCAGAUAAUUUUUAUUGUAUAUUCACACCAUCAAUCAACUGUAACGAACGAGACGAUUCCCCAUCAUUUGCAAGAAUGUGAUGGACAGUUGCUGGAAUCGGACUUAAAUAAGGAAACAAGUUCAUUACAUAUAAAUCUGUGUUCCCUUUCUCGAAUUCUUUCUGAUGAAAACUUCCAGAAACAUUCCGUCAUCGGCCAGCAAUUAUCCAUGUGCUCCACUAAGAUUCUAAGCACCGCUGAUAAUUCGAUCAAUUCUGAUUCAGAAGACUAUCCACCUCCUCCGGCACCCUUAGCAUGUGAAGGGUCCAUUCAGCUGUUGAGAUUGGCUUUCAAUGAAUCUGUGAUGGCAGCAACAACUGAAUCAGACACAGCAGAUAAUAGUAAUUUUGGACAGCACUAUAAUGAGAUUAAUUCCUUCUCAUUAAACAAGCAACUUUCAUUUGCAAAUCAUAACUCUGGUGCAAUAAAAAAUCAUGAUAGUUUAUCGUUAAGACGCAAAUGCAACGAAGGAUCGACAAAUACGUGCUUUUCGCAGCGGAACACGCCAUGUCGCAGUUACUCAACAUCAACGAAUAAUGGCGAUGUAUUGAAUGAUAUUGGCAGUAUGCUGCAGAAUUUAACGGAUGAGUUGGAUGCGAUGUUAUUACCUUCGCAGUCAAUCCGAUUUUCUCCUGGUAGACAAAUUCGUUUUUAA